AUGCUGUUUCAGUCACUAUGGGUUGAACAGAUCAGUUGGGACGAGGAGGUGCCACCCGACAAGCAGCGACCCUGGCAAGACUGGUGUGAAGAGCUGAUCAACGUCACUGUAGACCGUUGCUUACCCCCGUGUGGCGCCGAGGACCUGCAAGUCCAUAUCCUCUGCGACGCCAGCCCGAAGUGCUAUGGUGCCGUGGCAUACUUGCGGGCUGAAAAGAGCGGAUUCGUGACGUCCACGCUCAUCUUCACGAAGUCACGUGUGGCUCCACUCAAUCAGAUGACACUGCCGUGUUUAGAACUGAUGGGUGCGGUGAUUGGGUUCAGGAUGCUAAGCUACCUAGAGCGGAUCUGGUCUGGUCUUGCAUUUGAAUACUACUUGUGGGCAGACUCGACGAUCGUCCUGUGGUGGAUCCGGAAGCCCCCUAGUGAAGGGAAGGAAUUCGUCAGCAGUCGUGUUCAGGAAGUUCAGCAGAAUACGGACACAAAACGGUGGAAUCAUUGCCCAGAAGCGACUAACCCUGCAGACUGUCUCGCCAGAGGGAUGCCAGCACGAACACUCUCCGAAAAGUCCACAUGGUGGUGCGGACCACAUUGGCUAAUCGACGAUCCUACGACCUGGCCAGCGAACGAUAUUGAAUGGGACGUGAAGGCAGACGAAGAACGAACCUUGAAAGCAACAGUCUUGCAGAUUUCAUCAAGCCCAUCGCCCCUUCUUAAUGUCGAGAGUUUCAGUACUUGUAGGCGGCUGCUAAGAGUCACGGCAUGGGUUCUCCGGUUUGUCCGUAACACACGAAGAUCAACGAGACUGAGCUUCUCCUGGCUGACCGCCGAAGAGCUACGAAGAGCCGUGCUCUACUGGGAGAAGCAGACACAAAGUGAGAGUUACGCAGAGGAGUUAUCCCGGUUGAAAGAGCGUCAGCCGGUCUCACUUCAAUCAAAAAUCGCCUCACUGCGACCCUGCCUCGACGACGAAGGCGUCGUACGCCUAAAGACUAGGCUUCAGUUUGGGCCUGAGGCAGACACUGCUAAGUGUCCAGUACUACUACCCCGUGAACAUCACUUCACGAUGCUGGUUGGAGAUUCAGCCCAUACGCGGACACUACAUGGUGGGCUGCGAGCCACGUUGAAUGAAAUACGGGAAAAGUGGUGGGUUCCGCAAGGCCGUCGGCUGGCAAAAAAGGUCAUUUUCAAAUGCCGUGGCUGUGCCCACUUCCGUCAGAAGGCUGCCUCUGCACCGAUCGCUCCGCUACCCGUUGACCGAGUCAACGCCCAGUGUACCCUUUGA